GUUUUUUCGGAGGAUUAUCGGAUUGUCGGAUCUGUAUUGGAGACGGACCGGAAGCAGCGUGAGGUUACCGAAGUCUCUUCUGAAGUGUUACACCUGAUCAGCUCCCUCAGCCUGCAGUCCAGUGUUUCCUCCAGAGUCGAUUGUGCAGCACCGAGAAGAUGUUUAGAAGUGCCUCAGCUCAGAUCUUCAGACAGGCGGUGAGAUACAGGAGCACGGACACCAACCUCAUCCUGGAGAGAUCGAUAAACCGCGUACAGCUGUUAGGACGAGUGGGUCAGGACCCGGUGAUGAGACAGGUGGAGGGUCGAAACCCCGUCACUAUCUUCUCAAUAGCAACCAACGAGAUGUGGCGCUCUGGAGAGGGAGAGAUGAGCUCAACAGCAGGGGACAUCAGUCAGAAGACCACAUGGCAUCGUGUGUCCGUGUUCAAACCUGGUUUGAGGGACGUGGCGUACCAGUACGUCAAGAAAGGGUCGAGGAUUCUAGUCGAGGGGAAACUGGACUAUGGAGAGUACGUGGACAAGAACCAGGUCAGACGACAGGCCACCACCAUCAUCGCAGACAACAUCGUCUUCCUGAGCGACAACGUUCGAGACAAAAUGUGAGGGGCUUUGCCUCUUAGUCAACAUCUUUUUGUAUCUUCUUGUUUAUACAAAAACCUGAACGCCACCAAAGAAAAGAACUGACUCCCCCUAGAGGAAGGGGAGAGAGUAUCCUGUGUCACCCUGAGGAGACUCCUGCAGACUCUGAGGCAUCAGGAGAAGCAAAAAAGAGCCCAGUGUAUCUCCACUUAUGUAUUUGAUCAUGUAUAUAACCCAUAAAAACAUAAAGUUUAUACCUUUUUUUUUUUUUUUUGUUUGUACUCAAGUUUUAUGUGUGAAAAUAAUGUUAAAAGCGAGAGGUGAAAAGCAGUGUAAGAUGUUUCACUGGAGUUGUAGCUCCGUUGAGAUGAUGAAAGCUCCUGUUGUCCGGGAUGAGGAUCAUUAACAUUUUUUUGUUUUUACAGGUUUUCUUCAUAUUUGUCAAUAAAUAAUCUUCUCUUUAUCUCAUUACAUCAGGAAAUGUUUCUUUGCAAAAGGCCUGCGGUUUACAGCUCUCAUACUGCAAACUGGUUGUCAGCUUUGACCUGACAACAGUUUCUGAAUGCUUUGAAGUUUGUAGCUUACUCCAGUCUGAAUGUUAUGACUUUUUCUGUGUUUUGUUGAGCUUAAUUUUCUAGCUGUGAGGCAGAAUCAAGUAAAAAGCACUUCAUUGUUUUACAUCUUUUUCAUCCAAUAAAAUCCUUCAUCUCCAA